UUAAAAACUUGAUUUUUAAAAAUUUUGAUUUUCACAGUUAAAUAAUAAUUGUAUUGAAAACCGAUACAUUUCUUUAAUCAUAAUCGUUUAAAUUAUAUAUACCGUUUGAUCUUUUUGUAGUAGCCUAUUAAAAAAAUUAAUUUUAACACAACACAAAAGAUUGGCUUUAAUUAUUAUUUUUUUUUUUAACUCCUAAUUGUAAUAUAUAAUAUACACAACAAUGUCUUUCGACGAAGGAGUGCAAGCGACCAAUAACGAUGCCACUAAAUGCAAGUACUCGGCUGUAAAAAUGGGAUACUGGCACGACGAUUACAUACAACAUUUCGUCACCGGUUUCGAACGUAAAACACCAGAAAUAAACAGAGGAUAUUACGCACGCACCAAAGGCGUAGCCAUGUUCAUGGACAAAUUUCUUAAGAAAACAGGAUCAAACUGUCAAAUUAUCAACCUGGGUGCGGGUUUCGAUACAUUAUAUUGGCGGCUGAAAGACAGCGAAGUGAAAGUGAACAAUUAUGUAGAAGUCGAUUUUUCUUCCGUUACGUCCAAAAAAUGUUUCUUGAUCAAAAGAAGUAAUUCUCUAUUGCAAUCCAUCAGCUCACAAGAGGGUGAAGUUCAAAUGGUCGGAUCAGAUCUUCACGGGUCCGAUUAUCACAUAAUAGGCACAGACCUUAGAAACUUGGCUGAACUUGAAAACAAAUUAUCCCAGAGCGGUAUUAAUUUUGAAAUCCCAACUAUGUUCCUAGCCGAAUGUGUGCUCGUAUACAUGAGACCCGAAAGUUCUUCAUUGCUGUUACAAUGGAUUGCUAACAAGUUCAACGAUGUAUUUUUCGUCAACUACGAGCAGAUGAACAUGGGAGAUAAUUUUGGUCGAAUAAUGUUGGAUAAUUUACGAAACAGAGGAUGUGAAUUGGCCGGGGUCGAUACUUGUUUAAGUUCCCAAACCCAAAUGGACAGGUUUGUGCGAGUCGGAUGGGACAGCGCUCGUUGUUGGAACAUGAACAACAUAUACGAACAUUUACCCGAAGCCGAUAGAUAUCGCGUGGAACGACUCGAAAUGCUCGACGAGUUGGAAAUAUUACAACAGCUACUUCAACAUUAUUGUAUAACGAUAGCUUGGAAAGGUGGUACGAUGGCAGACGUCGAUCACUUAUAGCAGCUACAGCGACAGGUUAUGAACGACAUCGUACAUAACCUGCACAUCGGAUGUUAACUUUUUUUAGUGCAGUACAUCGGUUCAUUGAAAUCAUAGCCAAAUAAAAGCUGAACUCAAGUUGUUUACCUAAAAAAAUUUGUUUACGUUCGAAGAUUAAUUAAAAAUUGGAAACGGAAUUAUUGGAUCCCAAAGACCAUAGCUCUUAUAUUUUUGUUAUUUAAUUUAUUUUCAAAAAAAACUCAGCACAGUAAAAAAUGAAACAAACAACAUCUUUGUUUAAAAAAUAUUUUAUACAAAUCGUAGUUUACUCUAAAGAUUUAUUCAUUUCGAAAUUACCUUAAACAAAUAUCAUAAUAUACAAACAUAAUUUAAUACAAAAGAGUAUUUAUAUAUAACAAAAAUUAUAAGUAAAUAUGUUAAACAACAUUUGAAAUGUUCAAAAAAUAUAUACUUUAGAGAGUAUAAUAGGUAAAAAUUGUGUAAAACUUUA